UACGAAGAGGAAGGGAGAUGCUUUCACUGCUUCCUCGAAUCGAAUUAACUCUACGAAAAGGAGGAUUGAAAUAUAAUUACGAUGAGUAGUAAAUAUACAUCGGGUACAGCAAUAAAUCAACCUUUAACAAGAGCAUGCGCGUUAUUGACUUUUUAUGGGAAACGCGGUGGUCAGUUCACUCUCGCAGAAUUUAUUGUGUGCGUCCGUCCCAUGGUCCGCUCGAUCAGUUUCAAGUAAUCACUAGUGCAAGAAAUAAAAUAGAAAAACAGACAUUUGCUCUGCUUUCAAUUCAAUGUGAUUUUUAAAUUGUAUUUCUCCGAAUAAUAACAUAAAAUAAUUUUUAUCUAAUUUUCACUAUGUUAUCGGGGAUACUCAAAGGAACGUUUCUAUGCUGUGAAAGUGAAAAUUCUACUUGGACCGAUAUAAUUAAUGGGAACAGAGAUGUUCAGAUCGCGUCUUUAAUACGGAUUAUAUAUAGAAUAAUAAUUCCCACGAUAGUGAUCAGUGGUAUUUUUGGUAAUAUUCUAAUACUUUUGGUGUUAUCCACUCCAACGUUUCGGGGAAUCGCAUAUUUAUAUUUGCGAGGAUUAACAUUAGCGCACGUCGGAGUUCUCGUCGCUUGGAUACCCGUAUUUAUUAGAUUAGGAUUUGGGAUGCGGAACAACUACCCGUCCGUCUUUUAUCAUGCUCAUUUAGAGCUGGUCGCUGUAAACACGUUCGCCAUAGCCGCCGUUUUAAUUAUGAGUUGCUUGAUCCUCGAUCGAUAUACUUUUAUCUUUUUCCCGGCCCGUAUCCGCAACAGAAACGCACGCAAGAACGUUCGCUCUUUCACCCUGUGCUCCUUUAUUGUCGGAUUCGCGGUAAGUGCACCGUUGACCAGUAUGAGAAUGGUGUAUGAGCAAUGGGGAGAUGCCGGAACUCUUUUUAUCUUGCGCGAGAAUAUUUCCGUGACACAAGGCGCGUUAUGGAACGCGUACAUUUGGAUCAUGGAGAUCGCGCUGCGACUUUGCCCGAGUAUGAUUCUUCUUUUACUAAACAGUUUUGUAGUGAAGAGAUUUUUGCAGCUAAACGCUAAGAAGAGAGAAUUUCAGUCGGUCUCAGAAAAGUUUCGCACCGCGAAUAUCCCUGAGACGUCUCUAUUAACUCGCAAUAAAGGAUAUAGGGAAGAACAACACUUAGCUACUUUGAUGUCAAUGAUGACGAUAUGUUUUAUAGUGACGAUGAUUCCAUCGAUAUUGAUACAAUUCGUAUACCACAAUAAUCAGGAAACUACUGAUAUGGGUUACCUCCUGUUUCGAGCCUUCGCUGUCGUCGUCGAGCUUUGUAAUUUUGCCGUUCACAUUUUCAUGUAUUUUUCGUGCAGCAAGGAAUUUCGUAAAGAAUUCUUUAAACUCGUUCAGAAUAAAUGCAGGAGUACUGUUGUGGAAGAGGAGUUCGAACGACCAAUUGGUGAAAUCGAAGAUUAUAGCCGGCAUGGUACAACAGUGCGAUUGACGCCUGAGCAGACGAAAUUGAACUCUCCGGUCUCACCGAGUAAAUUGCAUCCUAUGGAAGAAGACAAAGAGUCGGAAGUCUUAAACGCUUCUGAUAUCCUCUAACUUGUACACUGUUGUAAAUAAAGAAUUUUGCUUGUAAAGAACAUAA